GGGGCGAGCCUGAGCAGCGGGGACAGCCUCUGCUUGAAGUGCAACUUUCAGGCUUCCAGGAGGUAACCGUGGAUGAGGGCAGGUGUAUAUUUCAGCCAGGAUGAAGGAUCUUGAAAGCAGCCGCAGAGUGAGGCCCAUGACCAGAGAGUGCCAGCUGGACCCCCAGACUGUUCUGCUGCUAGGAGCAGGCCCAGCAGCCCUGACCUGCGCUGAAACUCUUCGGCAAGAGGGCUUCACCGGCAAGAUCGUCAUGGCCACCUGGGAGAACCACCUUCCCUACGACAGGACAAAGUUGACCCAGGUUUGGACUGGGGAGGGGUUUACCUUGGCGUAUGGGGGGUAGUGAAUUGAGCAGUGUUGGGGGGGGCUGCUGCUGCUCAGAAGGGGAGGGGGACCCCCCCCCAUUCUGUUGGUUAGGCAUGAGCCUCUGGGCAUUGAAAGCAGUCAUGGGGCUGGCCCAAGAAAGCACAUUGAGGUCCAGAAGUGGGACAUCUCCCCUCACAAACCUCUGAGAUAGCCCUGAAGAGGAAAAGUGGGAGGGGAGGAAGAAGGGGGACUUUCUUCCUAUGCCCCCUCCCCUUGGAUGCUCCUAAUUGCUGAAAGGGCGCCAGGUACCCCAUGCCUGGGCAUUGAGAAGCCCCCAGUUCAUAAGUCUUGCUUCUCCUCCGGCCUCCUAGGACUUGGGGGCCCCAGCGGAGAGCCUGUAUCUUCGAAGUCAGAGUUUC